AUGGCUGAAGACAAAACGGCGUGCCACGCUGCGGCCGGCGGUAUGACUACGGAAAGUUUCCGUGUCGGAGUUCGAAUUCCACCAUUCUACCCCGAAAAACCAGAGUUAUGGUUCAACCAAAUGGAGGCGCAGUUUAUGUUGGCGAACAUAAGAACCGACGAAACGAAAUUUUUCUACGUCACGGGCAAUCUGGAUUCCCAGUACGCGUCCGAAGUCGAGGAUAUCAUCGCCUAUCCUCCUACUACAGGGAAGUAUGAUAAACUUAAGUCUGAACUAAUUAAAAGGCUUUCGGCUUCGCGUGAGAAGAGGGUUAAACAGCUGCUCAUGCACGAAGAGCUGGGGGAUCGCAAGCCUUCCCAGUUUUACCGCCAUCUCCUGAAUCUGGCAGGCCCAGGUGUUCCAGAGGAGUUUCUGCGGACUAUCUGGACGAGUCGGCUGCCCAGCAGCACGCAAGCUAUUGUAGCCGCUUCACAAUCCAAAAUGUGCCUAGUCGAGUUAGCUGAAUUGGCAGACGCAAUUCACGACGUCGUCGGCGUUCAAAUUGCUUCAACGGCAGCAGUCACCGCAACGUCGAGCACCUCAGGCGGUAAUACGAACAUGGAGAUUGCUGCGCUGACCAAGCAGAUGGAAAAGUUGGCGGACAAGGUAGAAAGAUUGUCUCGGUCAAGAGGUAGAUCCCGUAGUCGUAUUUCUCACCGGUCCAAAUCAAAAAGGUCAGCUUCCAACUACCAAAGAUCCCCAUUUUGCUGGUACCAUGACAAAUUUGGAGCAAAGGCCAACAAGUGCAUCCAGCCCUGCGACUACAAGGCGGAAAACUCCAGGGGCGGUCGGUAA